AUGGAAUCACAAACACCAGCGCCAGCACUCCUUUCUGUCAGAGCUUCCCAGUUUGUCAUUCUUGGGCUGAGGGUCCUCACCUCCAUUUUUCUAGUUGUGUCACUCGCCAUCCUCCUCUCCAAUGUUUUGUCUGGAGAUCGAGAUCACAAAGUACACUUUUAUGAUUUCGUGCCAUACCGAUACAUGGCUGCAGCAAUUGUUAUUGGAAUUGCAUAUUCACUCUUCCAAACUGCAGUUACAGUUAUCCGCAUAAGAAGAGAAAAUCAUAGGAGCAUCUUACUCGACUUCUACGGUGACAAGGUUAUAUCAAAUGUAGUAGCAACUGGAGCUGUUGCAGGAUUUGUUAUGACCGCACAAGUACAGAAAGACUGGAGCGAGUUAGUAGGUAUUGACGCUUACGACAAAUAUAUCAAAAGGUCACAUGCAGCAGAUGGACUUGUCUUGCUUGCCUUCGUCUGCACUUUCAUGUUAUCCGUCCUCUCUUCCUAUGCACUCCCGAAGAAGGUUUACUAG